GCCAAGCUCACAGCUGAUCAGUUAUAUCUAAUAUAUACACACACACCUUUUAAAAAACAGACCAGCAAUUUUUUUUAUUGUUUGUACAGACAUUCACUAUUCUCACUCUCACACACACAUACACACACACACAUUCUGCUAUUGCGAUGGCUGAGGUAGGGGGCUUUCUUGGAUCUCUGGAUUUGGAUUUGCAUGGAUUUUCCUCCUCUCUUGGGAAUGUUGCUUUAGCUGAUUCUCCUGGUUUUUUGAAUGAGAGAUUGGGACAGAUUGAAGGAAGGCUCCAGAGGGGAUCUCCCACUGACUUUGCCCACCUUAAAGGUAUCCUCAGGCGGAGGCAGCUCUACUGCAGGACGGGCUUCCAUCUGGAAAUCUUCCCUAAUGGCACGGUGCAUGGCACCAGGCAGGAUCACAGCAGAUUCGGGAUUUUGGAGUUCAUUAGCCUGGCGGUGGGGCUGGUUAGUAUCCGUGGGGUGGAUUCAGGACUCUACCUCGGAAUGAAUGAGAGAGGCGAGCUGUAUGGGUCGAAGAAACUUACGAGGGAGUGCGUUUUCCGAGAGCAGUUUGAAGAAAACUGGUACAACACCUAUGCCUCGACCCUCUACAAACAUUCCGACUCUGAGAGACAGUAUUAUGUGGCUUUGAACAAGGAUGGCUCACCUCGUGAAGGAUACAGGACUAAGAGACACCAGAAGUUCACUCAUUUUUUACCCAGACCUGUGGACCCUGCUAAAAUACCUGCAAUGUACAGAGAUCUUUUCCACUAUAGGUGA